GGGGGUGGAGGCGGAAACUGGACACUGCGAGCCCCGAUGGGGCGCCGUCAGGCCCGAUGGGACAGAUAAUUCGGCGCAGGACUUAACUUGAGGUUCGCGAGGUUGAAAGUUCCGUGGCUUGGGGAGCCUGGAGCGGGAGCGAUGGAACUGGAGCAGAGAGAGGGGACCAUGGCAGCCGUGGGCUUUGAGGAGUUCUCGGCGCCCCCGGGCUCGGAGUUGGCCUUACCGCCGCUGUUCGGCGGACACAUUCUGGAAAGCGAGCUUGAGACCGAAGUGGAGUUUGUGUCCGGUGGUCUGGGCGGCUCUGGACUGCGGGAGCGAGACGAAGAGGAAGAGGCGGCUCGGGGCCGGCGGCGGCGCCAGCGGGAGCUGAAUCGUAGGAAGUAUCAGGUGCUGGGUCGUCGCUGCCGCGAGAUCGAACAGGUAAACGAGCGUGUCCUGAACCGGCUACACCAGGUGCAGAGGAUAACACGGCGACUGCAGCAGGAGCGCAGGUUCCUCAUGAGGGUGCUGGACUCCUACGGCGAUGACUACCGGGCCGGCCAAUUUACCAUUGUGCUGGAGGACGAGGGCAGCCAGGGCACUGAUGCCCCCACUCCUGGAAACGCAGAAAAUGAGCCUCCGGAGAAAGAUGGGCCCUCGCCGCCUGAGCCCAGCAGCCCGUCCCCAGGAGAAGGGACCAGUGGGCGGAAGAGGCGGCGGGCACCCCGAGAUGGCCGGCGAGGGGGCGCCUCACUGACCCCGGAGCUGGCCCCGAUUAAGGUGGAGGAAGACUUUGGCUUCGAGGCGGAUGAGGCUCUGGAUUCCAGCUGGGUUUCCCGGGGGCCAGACAAGCUGCUGCCCUACCCCACCCUCGCCAGCCCUCCCUUUGAUUGACCCCAAUAAACCCCCUCCCCACCCUUCACCUGGGCCCG